GAACUAAUUUCUGCAGUUUUCAUUUGGUUGGAGCCACAUCAUACAUGCUCUGUUACUAUUUCUUAAUUGUUAUAGUGCGUGUAAAGGAACAAUACGGGAAAUUAUUGCCUAUUCGCAUAAGAAAUAGUUCGAUUCCUUAAUUAUUUUAGUUCCAUAUGACUCGGUAUUUUUUUUUAAAGUAAUUGAGAUGAAAAACCUAUUUGGGUAAUUUUCCUCAUAGUGCGCAUCGAAACGGUUUGUCAUCAGUCAAUGAGGGUGUCAAAAUCUUUCCAAUAUGGGGAUCACCAAUAUUUAAACGGCUAUGUAGGCUAGAUAACUUUUACAUGCCGAUAUCUAAAUAUACCGAAGUCCCUCACCUCACCGUGCACAUACCAGUGUUUGUAAUUGUCUAACAAAGGGAGGGGGGGCAUGGACAGCUGACAUGCUGGUGCAGUGUUUUUUUCCUGCGGCGCAUCUUCAGUCCCGACUGAGAAGAGGAGCGCGGAGUAGCUAUCUGUCUCAUCCUCGGACAGAUGAGUGACUGACUUUUUUCAGUGUCAUCAUUUUUCAGCGUCUGGUAUACCUGUAUUUGGGUUGGCAACUUUUUCAGCUUCACCUGCUAUUCACGUCGAAUGUCUAACAAAUAGCCUAGGCUACAAAAGAACACGCAACAGCAGAGGAAAUAGUUAUCGUUGGCAACAGAACAUCUGUUUGGACAUUUGGGACAGUUUCUCAGAAGAUGUGUCUUCAUUCGAUUUACUUUUCCUAGACCGACUUUUGAUAAGCACUGACUCGAUAAAUAAGAGAUGCACACGUAGAAAACACAUUUUCAAGGCGUCAAUGAACUGACACAUCAAAUUAGCCUUUUGAAACUGGAUGGAUAGAAUGUUUCAACUUCUUUAGAUAGACAGGUUUCCCUCAAUGAUGAUCAGCAAACCAUCGCCAAGGACUUUUAUCAUUUAUUAUAUGUUGUAUGCCGUCUGUUCAUGAAAUUAGAAAUGUUUUGUUUCUUCAAAACCCGAGGAUAUUCCAGGAACAGGACGGGGUCUCGAAAUGGGAUACUAUCCCGACACCCCUCAAGGAUAUACUUCACCUUUAUUCUGCUGCUUCUCAUCUUCACACCUAGAGCAGAUUCUUCUUGGUGGUACAUUGGAGCCCUGGGUGCACGGGUGAUCUGUGACAACAUUCCAGGCCUGGUGAACAAGCAGCGCCAGCUGUGCCAGCGCCACCCGGAUCUCAUGCAGUCUAUUGGGGAGGGUGCCAAGGAGUGGAUCCGUGAGUGCCAGCACCAGUUCCGUCACCAUCGCUGGAACUGCAGCACGCUGGACCGAGACCACACUGUCUUUGGUAGGGUCAUGCUGCACAGUAGCCGGGAGGCAGCGUUUGUGUACGCCAUCUCCUCGGCGGGUGUGGUCUAUGCAAUUACCAGGGCCUGCAGCCAGGGGGAGCUCAAGAUCUGCAGCUGCGACGCCCACAAGCGAGGCCGAGCUAGAGACGACAGGGGCGACUUUGACUGGGGCGGCUGCAGCGACAACAUCAACUACGGCAUCAAGUUCGCCAAGGCCUUCGUCGAUGCCAGAGAGAGGAUGGUGAAAGACGCUCGGGCGAUGAUGAAUCUACACAACAACCGCUGUGGGCGAAUGGCAGUGAAGCGCUUUAUGAAACUGGAGUGCAAGUGUCAUGGUGUCAGCGGCUCCUGCGCCCUCAGAACCUGCUGGUUGGCCAUGUCGGACUUCCGGAGGACCGGGGACUACCUCCGAAAGAAGUACAACACGGCCAUUGAGGUGACCAUGAACCAGGAUGGCACAGGAUUCAUGGUGGCUGACAAGGACUUCAAGGGAACCACCAAGAAUGAGCUGGUGUAUGUAGAAAACUCCCCUGACUACUGCCUCAUGGACAGAGCAGCAGGCUCCCUGGGCACGGCAGGGAGAGUCUGCAACAAGUCUUCCAGAGGCACGGACGGCUGCGAGGUCAUGUGUUGCGGACGGGGCUACGACACAAUGCGCGUCAAACGAGUCACCAAGUGCGAGUGCAAGUUCAAGUGGUGCUGCGCCGUGGAGUGCAAGGACUGCGAAGACACAGUGGACGUUCACACCUGCAAGCCACACAAGAGACCCGAUUGGUUGGACCUAACUUGACCCUGAGGCCCGGCCUUUCAAAGGAUCUAGCAGUGGCCAACUGCAUUAUGGGAUAUGUAGUCCCUACUCCCGACUCAUUUCUGACCUCCAUUACCUCUGGCAUGGUUCUCAUUUGACAACCCCUUCUAAAGUGACAUCCUAAAUAACUUUUUGCCAAGGGGCCAUAUCCCAAUUUGGAUUGGAUGGUGCAGUACUGUAUGGUUCUGUUCUAUAGGAAGGCAGUCUAAGAGAGUGGUUGGGCCAGGAGAGGGGAUAGUUCCUAUUUAUGUUUUUGUUUGAUCGUGUUGAUCUGGGGAAAUACUAUUGUGCUGCUUCCAAAGUGCUGAGGACAGUUUUUCCUACAGAAAAUAAUUUACACAUGAUCUGUUGUGGAAAUGCAGCACAGGACAUUAUACUGUGAGCACACCAGAGAUGGAGUUAGGAUUGUUGGGUGGUGUAUGUGUUGUUGGUUUUUGCUUGGUUUAAAACUAUGUUCUCUUCUAAACUGGUGACCACUUUGCUCAGUGUUUCAUCGGUGUUACAAUGAAAAGUGGUAAAGAACUGAAAUUGUACUCUGCUUGAGACACUGGACAUGGAAAGACUGACUUGUAUUCAGUAGUUUAGGAGUGUGAACUUUCAGAAAAAAAGGACAUCAUGUGGCAAAACGGCAUCGGAAUGGACGUACAACAGAAAGUGAAUUCAACUCUAACAUCCAACUGUUACCACGGGCCAGAGAGCUGCACUAUGGACACUAAUAUAGCCCAAUAUUGAGCAAAGAAAUUCAUUUAAAACAAAUGCUUCUGCUAAGCGAGUCAAGUGAAACCAACACUGUCGUCGGCCCGAGGUGGACCGUAAUGUCUUCUCUCCCGUUGGUGUGACAGUUACCCUGUCAACCUAUUAUUGUACGUGUUCCUAAAAGAAUACGGUGUGAUGGACGGUAGCUGUCGUCUCUUGCUUUAUUAUUUAUCACUGGUUACUGAAGCUGCUAGCUGCUCUCCCAAGUUAGCACUCUUCACUAUGGGGCACUUUCAUUAUGCAUCCGUACGCAACACCAUAGUCAUUUCACUCUCGGGGUUGUUUUGUAGGCUACGUGGGGCUCUGACUGAUCUGUGAGAGAUGAAUCACUUUGUGAAACCCAGGCCACGACGUUGCGUGACGUAGAGGAGCUGAGAACCCGGAUUGAUUUUUCAAAUCAACAUUCACAAGUGCACAUGGGCCUUUGGGGCCAGCGGGAUAUGACCAAUCGAGACCGAACAAAUGGUACAAACGAUUGACCGAAGGCAGUGAGGUCCAUGUGGCGAUCACAACUACUUAUUAAAGACGUCCGUAAGAUGAAUGAGAUUUCGGUUUGUGUUAAAAAGAGGCAACAUUUUCAAAUGCAAAUGGGCAUUGAUGUGAUUUUAAUAUAAUGUUCUCAGAACGGUAGGGAGUCGCGGGCCAAGUUGUGCUGUGGUGUUAGUUGGAGUGUUGUUGUCACCUUGGGAGGACCCUAAAAUACCACACUUGUUCUAUAUUAAACCUUGUUGAUCCUUCUGUCAUUCACAUCAGAUCUCAUCCAUCCUCAUAUCUCUGAACAUGUGACACUGUCAUUGUCACUGACACACAAGGUGAUAUUCACUGAAUCUACUACUCGUUGUUCUUGAGUAAUUCAUUAAAUUAUGAUAGAUUCCACCCCCCACCCCCCUCCCCCCUCUCAUGUCAGCGCUGGGCUCGGCACUCAACGAAUCCGUGGUGUAGGUCCUCUAAUUACAGCAUUACUCUCCCCCGAGCCAAACAUGGGAAUUAUUUAUCUAUUUCAUAGUCUGUGUAAACCAGGGGAUAUUAUGCAGACUGUUUUCUUUCUCACAGAGCAUUAUUGUAAAACGAUUAGUCACAUUAAUCACUUUCGAAAAAGCUUUUAUUGGUCUCUAAAUCUUUUUAAAGGGCAAGUGCAACUGUGUCCUUGUGGAAAUGUCCUGCCAAAUCUCAUAUAGUAUACAGUGGACAGGGAACGGGAAGCGCUUUGCUUACAUCUUACAUCAGUCUUCUAAAAUAACCAGCUUGUCACCAUCUGCAUUCUCCUCCCAUCAUUGUGAUAUCUAAUGGGCAUCUAUUUAGUGACAACAUGAUCACUCUAAAAUUGUCUCGGGGGGGGGGGGGAGUUGAGGAUGGAAGACCUAAAUGUUUGGCACUAAGUGACACAAUGUCUUUAUGUUGCCCUUCAAUAAGAAUAAAUGAGUCUAUCAUAGACAGGGGCGUAGGAGUGACUCUGACAACCUGAAAAACAGGUUUUAAAUGCUAAUUUCUAGUGACUUUUGAGAAAAGGUUACAGACAAACUUUUCUUAUAAACGGGCAAAUUUACAAGGCUAAGGGGGCCCUUGCAGAGGGGCACAUACUCUGGUACAGUCCAAUCAGUCUUAGGGCCAUUGCCAUUCAUACUGUACUGAAUACCAGUCUGUUCAUGUGGAUAUAUUCAAUUAAACAACCAUUUUGUACUCA